UUUUGUUAGUUUAAAACUUGUUUUAGAUUUACUAAAAUAAAUGAACAAUAUAAAGUUUGAAAAAUGUUGGCGUGAUGCUGCUACUCUGGUUAUUGCAGCAAAAUCUGGUGGACUCAAUAAGCUGGGUGGAAAUUUGUUUAAUGUAUUAAUGCUUAAAAGAAAUGAAAAUAGUAAGUUUAUGCCAAAUAGCUAUGUGUUUCCUGGUGGUGUCGUUUCAAGUGCAGAUUUUAAAAAAGAAUGGGUGGAUGUGCUUCCAGUUAAUUGUCAAAGAUCUUUGAGUUUAGUUAAUCGUCCUUAUAUCUACACAAGUAAUAGCUCUAUGGAAUCCUUGCAGCCUGAAUUAGCAUUUCGUAUAUGCGCAUUGCGUGAAACAUUUGAAGAAUGUGGAGUUUUGCUGGUUACAAAUGAUAAAGGCGAAAGUAUAGCACUUUCUGAUCCAAACAUUGAAAUAGGUGGACAAUAUCAUACUUUAAAGGUUUGGCGUGAAAAAGUAAACAAUGAUGCUAAUGAGUUUUUGGCAUUGUUUAGAUGCUCAAAACUUUUGCUAAACAUUUAUAACCUCUUUGAAUGGUCAACAUGGCUAACUCCUGCAUUCAAAAAGAGUCAGUAUAGAUUUGAUACAAUUUUUUACACUUGCUUUCUACCUGAUAUUCCACCAAGUAAAGCAGAUAAAUGUGAAGUUGUUGAAUCAGUAUGGUGUAGUCCAAAAGAGUUUUUAAAUAACCACCGAAAGAUUUUACCUCCUCCACAAGUAUACGAGCUUUUAAGGAUUCAAAGGCAUAACGAUUGGAACGAGUUUAAGCAGUUUGCAAAAGAUAGAGAAAGAUUUGGUCUACAAAUGUGGUGUCCUUAUCAAAUAUCAUUAAAAGAUGGCCGUGUUUUAACAUGUCCUGGAGACGACUAUCAUUGUUUGGAUCCAAAUAAAGAGCAUAGUCAUCUUGAUUGUACAAUCGAGGACUUAAGAAAUAGUUCAGUUAAUUUAAAUAGGUACGAAGUAUCUCAAGUAAAUGGAAAUACAAUCAAAUGCAAUGUUGAAUGGUAUGGUCACCCUCCUGUGGAAAAAAUUUAUAGCUCGCUUUAAGUUUUUGUUUUAAGUUGAAACCUGUGUAAUACACUGCAUUCUAUAGGGUAAUAAAAACUGUUAUAAUGGAUAGGGUAAUAAAAACUGUUAUUGAAAAUUAGGAGUUGCACUCAUCUCUCCGACUUGGUCGAAAAGUUUGCAUAUAUGAUUCAUAUAAUUUGUAAUGUAAAUACAAUUUUUAAAAAUUU